UGUGCGGGAGAAAUUCAUGAUCGAGUAGAAGACAGAAAAUAAUAAUAAUAAUGGCAGCGGGGAAGCCUCCGGGCUCCAAGGAGCUGAUGCAGAUGGAUCUAUACGGGCUGCUGGGUAUAGCAGGUGGUGCCAGCGAGAAAGAGAUUAAAAAGGCAUACAGGCAGAAAGCCCUAACUUGCCAUCCAGACAAAAAUCCAGAUAAUCCCCGAGCUGCCGACUUAUUUCACCAGCUGUCUCAGGCCUUGGAAGUACUAACCAAUAGAGCAGCAAGGGCUGCUUAUGACCAACUCCGAAAAGCCAAGGAGGCCGCUGCCAAGAGGGCACAACAACUUGAUGACAAAAGAAAGAAAGUGAAACUUGAUCUGGAGGCACGAGAAAGAGAGGCACAGGCGAAGGUAACAGAGGAGGAAGAAGCACGUGUUGCUCGGACAUUAGAACAAGAGAUAAGACGUCUUCGUGAAGAAGGCUCUAGACAGCUGGAGGAGCAGCAGAGGUUGAUACAGGAACAGAUCAGGAUGGAAAAUGGACAGAUGCAAGGUAACAGCGGCGGAAACACAAAUGGGGAAGAAGGACCUGCAAAAAUAAAGCUUAAAUGGAAAUGUAAAAAAGAGGAUGAGACGCGAGGGGGAUAUUCAGAAGAUGUUCUGAUGAGGCUUCUACGGAAGUAUGGCGAAGUAUUACAUAUUGUGGUAUCCAGCAAGAGCAAGGGAUCUGCAAUAGCUGAAUUUGCUACAUUUAAAUCAGCUGAACUAGCCGUGAGGAAUGAGGCUGGCUUAUUAAAUAACCCUCUUAAAAUCUCCUGGCUCACCCCACCACCCCCCUCAGUGUCGGACAAUUCCAACAGGACUACCUCAGAUUCUUCCACUUACUCAUCACAGAAUUCUGUACGAUCAGACAGAGAUUUUGAAAGUUUAGUGUUAAUGAAGAUAAGACGGGAAGCAGAACGUCAGCGUCUUAUAGAACAAAUGCUGCGUGAAGACGAGGAGGCCUAAAUUGUUGAA